AUGGCGCAUGCACCGACUGCAGCGGACCAAAGAAUCGUCUGUGUCGCCGGCAGUGGCAGACGCAGUAGUCUCGCACUCGACCUGUCGCGGCUGGGGACGACGGCAUCUGUGGCAGGUUCUAAGCUCGAUAUUUCUGUCGUUGAUGAACGUAGCCAACGGUCGAAUGUUAUGGCAGCGGCUACAGCACUUGGUAGACAGACGGGAGUUUAA